UUGUUCAGGCAGACGCAAUGCGUGCGAUAUCUUCUGAGGCAUUUCUCUGGUUGGCUACCGACGAUCCAUUUGCAGCCGCAUGUUCACUUUCACAGGAUAUCGCUCUUCUGCAUGGAAAACGAUAAUUUUGAGUUCAUGGAUACAUAUCGCGUCCUUUACAACAACGUGCAACGAUUCACGUGUCGUAUCAUCGAAAACAACUGGCGCGUGGAAGAACUGGACAUUUUUCUUGCCCAUAAAUGCCAUUGCUCCCUGUCAACAUGCGCAUCUCCAUAUCCCAGAAUUCAGCUGGCUCUCGAAGCUCGGAUGCGUCAUUUCGCCGGCAAUCCCAAUGUACAACGAGCAAUGUCUUGUAUCUGGUGGCGAGGUUGGGGAAAUUUUGGCUCGAAUCCAGCCCGUGAUUCUUAUCGAGUACUGCGACAUGUUUUCCUUUAUCCUGUACUUGCUCUACUCUACAUUUUCACCAACGGACAAGUAGCUUCGUCAUUCGACGUGCCCUUAGGAUACUUGAGAAGCAGCACCGUUCUAAACAGGAUUUCGAUACAAGCAGUUUGGUCCAGGUAUAUUAGCUGCAUGUCAAGCUAUGCCACGUUCGUGAUAUGCCUGGUUGUCAUUCGUUUCGCAAAAGUCGGAGAACAAACCAAGAUAGCUCAUACACCGAGAGGAUACCCCGGUGGCAUAAUGAUCGAAGCCUACUGCUACUUGUACAUAAUCGGAUUAUUGCUAGAACGGUAUAUACAGUUCUCGCGGUUCGGAUUUCGUAAUUAUUUCGAUUUCUGGUGGCGAUGGUAA